UGUUGAAAAUGGCUUAACAACUUGCGACAGAUUGUAGAUCUCAGUGAAAUGUAAACGAAGAGGCAAUAACCCAAUCAUUUGCGACAAUCAUGCAGUAACACGACCGUGUAACCGUGUAUAUACUCAUUUGAGAUUCGAACCCGAGACAGAGAGAGGGAGAGGCGUUGUUAGCUUUAGCCAAAGGUCUCUCUUUUACACUUGCUUUCGUCAUCUUCUUCUCCGACAUUAGUCUCUCUCUGUCUGAAUUCCAGCAUCUUCCUUCUGUUGUGUCGAAUCGGUGACCUAAUCUCAGUUCAAAUGAAUUGAAUAACUUCACUUGUUAACUCUGUUUCCGGAGAUCUCCUCCCCCAUCCCUAAAGCCGCAGACUUUUGUUGGGGUUUGGAUUGUUUCUCCAUAGCAUCGAUCGAAAGUUAGGAUCUUGCAGAGCUGAAAUGAAGAGACAAUGUAGGAUUUGGUUGCCAAACAUGCUUUCAUCAACUGAUGAUUCCACUCACAGUCUAAUCUUUGGAUGGUUCGUGUCCCACUCCUCUUCUUGUCUUGACGUUGUUGUGGCCUUCGUCGCUGAUGAAAGCUCCUUGUCCUCCAAUAGCGGAUCUAGCCUCCAAGACGUACUCCAUGAAACUAAUGAGAAGAUGCCUUUGACCUUACGGGAUAAAGCAGCGUUUACUCUUCUUGGUCGUUAUGAUUCGUGUCUUAGUGCUAAUGGAAACGCACCCAAGAAUGCAACAGAUGAAGAUAUGUGGAGGUACAGUAGCCUAAGCUGUGGUUGUCAUAAGGUUGAUGGCUUAGAUUCUGUGAGCAGUCACUGGAUUCAUAUGGUGCACGAUUCUUCUUCAGAGCGUGGGAUUAGAAUGCAUCAUAUACAUUGGAAUGGCGAUAUUGUAUCUCAAUGUGAUGUACACGUUAUAGUCUAUGACCCUCCAGUGUUUGGUUCUCAUCAUUUCUCCUUAAGCUUUUGGAAUGCUUCUUCUCCUCAGACAAAAGCUCCUCUUAAGAAACCUAGUUGGGUUGAUGAUCUACACAAGAGGCAGCCUCUGAUUGAAAUGGAAACUGUGAUUCUUUCCAUAAAUUGCGCCACGUCUGCUGAGAUAGUGUAUAAGAAGCUAUCCACGCAGCUGGAGACUUCCUCCCGAAAGUUUUCUCUUAGUUACCUGAUAUCUACUUUGACAUGGUGGUUACUCGCCGCGGUUUUAAGCUCUUUAUCAAGUCUAUAUUACAGCCUUAUCCACUUCUUCUAUCUACUUUCAAGUUUCCCUAUUUUCUCAUUGGUGCGUAUAGCUUCAAGGAAGGUACUCAAGAAUACAUGGAUCAACUUCAGAAUACGCAGUUGUCAGAUCUUGUAUUGGCCAAUCUUCCUUCAAGAGAACAACAUGACGUCCAUAUCCUGUGUGGAGCAAGCAGAGAAAUCUGCACUGCAAAGACAUUCUACAUGGUCAGCCAUGGCUGUUGAUCUCAUUUUGGGGAACUUGAUUGGUCUAGCUCUAAUGUUUAACACCGGAUCUGUCUGCUCGUGGCUAUUCCACUUUGCAAAGGAGUUUACAAACGAUAUUUUACGUUCCGGUUGUGUGUGGUUGAUGGGAGUCCCAGCAGGGUUUAAGCUAAACACAGAGCUGGCUGGAGUUCUAGGGAUGGUGUCUCUUAAUGUAAUCCAGAUAUGGUCUACUCUCUGGAUCUUCAUGGCUUCUUUCAUCUUUUAUUUGAUCAGAGCAGUUGCCGUCAUGGGAAUCACCUUUGGUGCAACAGUCUCUGCUGCUUUUGUUAUAGAUGUCAUUACCUUUGCAACGCUUCAUGUAACUGCUCUUCAUUGGGCAAUCACACUUGUGUACUCUCACCAAAUCCAAGCUUUAGCUGCUUUGUGGAGGCUCUUCAGAGGACGGAAAAUGAAUCCUCUACGUCAAAGGAUGGACAGCUAUGGUUACACUGUGAAGCAACAUGUGGUGGGAUCUCUUCUGUUCACUCCUCUUCUCCUUCUCUUGCCAACAACUUCAGUUUUCUUCAUCUUCUUCACCAUUACAAGCACUUCAGUCAACUCCAUAUGUAUGUUGAUUGAGUUCGCCGUCUCUAUCAUCCAUGCAACACCGUAUGCAGAGAUUAUGAUCUGGCUUGUCAGGCGUCAAAGGUUCCCUUGUGGUGUUUGGUUUGAAAUUGAACACUAUAAGAAGAAUAUCCUCAACUCCUCCAGUGAUGAUUCUCAAGACAGAAGCAAUAAUAGUCCUGAGAAGAAACCAGUUCUAAUGGUUUCCAAUCUUCGCAGCAACUUCUUAAGCAUAGGACAGAUUCUUUUGCCUCACUAUACAACAAUGUUUUCAGGAAUAUCAGCUUCAUCUCUGACUACUUCAGCUCGCGGAGUCCUCAGUGGGAAAAGAAUGCCAUCGAAACUAGGGCUUGAUCUCCCUCCUCCAAGGCCAUGGAUGCACAUGCCUUUGAGACAGUACUGGACCUUAUGCCACGGUUCCAUCUUCUCAUCCUCACGAAAAGGCUCUAACCACGAUUUGUCUUUGGAGAAGGGACUACCAGAAGCAUCUCAAUCAUCAUCGUCAUAGGACUGACAAAAGUAUGAUUUUCGAUUAUGGAUGCUGCUAAAGAAACGAUCAGAGUCUGAUUAGCUGUGGUAAGGCUUGUAGACAGAGCAGCUCGAGGAUAGGAGAAGUUAUUAUACUGAUGUCUGAAUCGUUGUUAGUUUUUUAACCGUGGUUCAGCUUUUUGUUUGCUUGGCUCAUUAGUAAGUUUGUUUUUUCUUUUUGUUUCGAUAAUUAUUAUUGUUUUCCGAUUUGAAUCAAUAUUUUAUUUCAUACUUGGAAGCUGGAAAGCCAAAGAUAAAGAGAUUUUAUAAUAUGGGACCUUAUUUGGGCCUUCUUUAUACA